UACCAUGCUGGGAGGGAAGAAGGUUCCAGAGGAAAGUGUUUCGGGUGGGCCACGGAAAGGAGAUGACCCUCCGCUGGUUGUCCACCCAACUUUGGAGACACCGUGUGAUGGGUCUCCUGAUGGCUUUGUGUGUCACCUUGUUACUCAUGCUCCUGGCUACUCAGUCAUUGCAGCAUCCAAGCCACUAUUCUGGGCACAAGGGCCAUAAGGUGGAGGAGAGGGGAGCACUUUCCGAUGAUGCUUCUCCUAACACACCCAUCCCAUCCCACACUGCCCCUAACAGGAGGAAGGAGGUUCAGACCCCCGAUCUGCAGCAUCAAAGAGACCCCAAUGGGUACACCUUUAUGAGGACAAGGAGGAGCCCUCCGCCUGUAGCUUUCCUCAAAACACACAAGACUGGAAGCAGCACUGUCCAGAAUCUGAUGUUCCGCCUUGGGGAGAAGGAGAGCCUCACUUUCGCCUUCCCCUAUUACGCAUACCAGUUCAGCUACCCAGAUAGGUUCCGAGCAGACUUUGUGGAUGAGCUGCCACCGGGUUCCUCUCAGUUCGACAUGCUCUGCAGCCACAUGCGGCUGGACCUGGGACAGCUAAGACAGGUGAUGCCCAGGAACACCAUCUACAUCACCCUGCUGCGUGAUCCUCUACGGACCUUUGAGUCCGUUUUCAGCUACUAUACUUCCACUGUACCCGCCUUCACUCUAGCCAAAAAGGCAGCUGACACGGCUAACAGGAAGUCAGCCCUCUCGGUCUUCCUGGAGGCCACAGAGUCCUACUGGGACCCUAAAGAACCGGGGAAUGGCCUAGCCAGGAACCCUAUGAGCUUUGACCUGGGCCUCAGCAGCCAGGAGUGGAACGCGUCCUGGCCCAUGGAGCUGGCUCAGCUGGAGGAGGCCUUCCAGCUGGUGAUGAUCGCUGAGCACUUUGAUGAGUCUCUGGUUCUCCUGGGGGCUCUGCUGCAGCUGGAGCCUGAGGAGCUGGCCUAUGUGCACCUGAACGUCCGCGCUCCCUCGGAUGUCACCCCGCUGGAGGAGGACACCAAGGCCAGGCUCCGGGCCUGGAACAGUCUGGAUGUGCUGCUCUACAACUUAUUUCUGCAGGUGUUCUGGGAGAAAGCUGAGCAGUAUGGCCUGGGGAGACUGAACAGGGAGGUGGCCCUGCUGAGGGCCUCCACACAGAGGCUCAGACAGAAGUGUGUGGCCAGGGGAGGGGUGCCCCCUGGUGAGCUGGAGGACCUGGUCAGGCCCUGGCAGACCGACACAGUCACCAUCCUGGGAUACGAGGUACGAGGGAACCUGACUCUGCAGGAAGAGGGGCUCUGUGUGCGACUAGUGCUGCCUGAGCUACAGUACCACUCUCACCUCUAUUUCCAGCAGUAUGGCCAUGACAUGAGGUCCAUACCUACAGAUUAAUGUGCAGCACUUUCCAUUUUAGAUUCUACACUGCUCAGAAUUCCUCUGCUUUUGAUGUAUUUUUCCAAUAAACAAAAAAUACAAACAUUG